AUGGAGAAACAAAACGAUAGCAAACUGCUACCCGUCGAACACGUCUCUUCUUCCCAAGACGAACAAGACUCAGACUUUAGCGAUACAACCUCGAAUUACUCGACGAUAUCUGAAGAAGCUCUUCCCCUUAUCUACGAGUACGGACAUACAUAUCACGGCACCGGCCAACUCCUCACCCCCAACGACGCCUCCGAAGCACAUCGCUUAAACAUCCAGCAUGAGCUAUACCAACUAUGUCUCGACGGCGGUCUUGUUGAUGCAAAACUCCCUCUUGAUCAAUACACGCCCCAAGAACCCUUUGAGAUUCUAGAUAUUGGCGCUGGAAACGGUGUUUGGGCUUGCGAUAUGGCGAAGCGAUACCCGCAGGUCAACAUUUUGGGCAUAGAUCUAAGCAGCGCCCUGCUCCCAGAGGAUGUCCCGCCAAACGUGACGUUUGAGAUCGCCGACGCUACGGAUCCCUGGCCCGCACGCACCUACGAUUUUAUUCACAUGCGCAGUCUUGCCGGCGGCGGCGUUCACGAUUGGAAUUCCCUACUAGCUGAAGCCUACCAACAUCUCAAGCCUGGGGGUCAAUUGGAGGUUACAGAGAUUCGGCCGCAUUUCUUCGACGUCGAUCCCGAACAGGCAGACCUGCCUAGCACAGAGGAUAGAAAGCCCGAGAUUGGUGCGGCGUGUAUAGAGUACGAGAGGAACUUUGUGGAGAUGAGCACCAUGCUAGGCAUCGAAUGUGAUCCUAUACCAAAAGUUCCAGGGAUUUUGUCUGGUCUCGGCGCAGAAGUUAUUCGCGAGCGGGUGGAUUGGCUUCCUAUACAGAAUUGGGGAAGUGAUCCUGUCACCCAGCAGAAACGCAAAGCUUUGGCCGAGAUGGUCGAGUGCGGAAUAGAGAAUUGGACGUUGAGAUUAUUUGGUAUGGGAGGUUGGGAAGAGAAAGCUACGAGAGCUUUACUUGAUCGUGUCAAAGGCGAGAUGCAAGAUCCCAUGCUACGCAGUUUGGCCAAAGUAACAUUUGUAACCUCUCGGAAAGGAAUGGGUAAUGGCAAGCACAUAUAA